AUGGACUUUCAAAUACUUAAAACAAAAGCAAUAGGUAAAAGAAUUAAAGAAGAUAUAGACCAUUGUUUUGAAAGAUACAAACAAUUAUGGGAAUAUGUCUCAGCUGACUUUGAUGAUUUUGAUCGAAGAACAAAAUGUAAUAAUUUUCGAGAACUAAGAUAUUCUGAAUUAGAAAAUCUCUCUGACAACUGUAGUGUUAUGAUUAAUAAAAGAAAACAACUUAUUAUUCAGUUCCAAGAAAUGGCUGAAUUAGCUACACGUCAAAUCCAAAAACAAAAUGAAGAAGUAAGAAGAAUGCGAAUUGUACAAGAAAGAUGUUAUGAAGAGAUGAAAGCAAUUGACUCACAAAGAAAUCCAUUAACAUUUAUAGAAAGUGAUGGGGAAUAUUCUCCUAAAGAACAAAACAAUUACACUAAAGAGAAAAAACCUAUUGUCAAACCAAUGAGUGAAAGAAAGUCAAAACAAAAAAUUGAAAGAACAAAUGAAAUGAAUGAAGCCCUUAUUUAUCGGUGUAUAAGUAAAGUAUAUAAUAGGGUUUGUGCAAACAGUUCGACUCAAAUAUAUGACUCAAAUCUUGAUGGUUGGGAUAAAUACACUUUAGGUCAAAAGCUAGAAGGACUAAAAAAAUUGAUGGUUGUUGUUUUUCCUAUUUAUUAUGAACCAUUUGGGUGUUAUAUUAAUCAUCCAUUUAAAAAAGAAGGUUGGAAUGGCGAUAUUCAUUCUUUCUUUUAUUGUUUUGCUGAAGACCAAUUCUUUUGGGUAUACAAAUUCCUUAAAGGAGUUCAAGAAAGGGAAGUUUUUAGGAUAUCUUAUGAUAAUGAUAAAACUAUCUUCCAAUUAGGAAGGUAUAUUAAUAUCCAGAAAAACCCUGUUGAAGGAAUUAGUUCUGUUUCUCUUGAUAUUCAAAAAUGUAUUGAAACAAGAAAAGGAAAUUUUAUUGGCUCAUUCUCUUCAAAAGAGUUUGUUGUCAAUAGGUUUAUUGUACUUCAAAUGAAAUAA